UCAUGUGCCCAGUCGCUCCCAGGACACGUCAUCAGCGCGACACGUGCUUGGUGUUAGCAGUUAGCCGUUAGCAGCGCGCGGAGCGGAGCGUUCACCGGAUCACGGAUCAUCAGCGGAGCGUGAAGAAGAUGGCAGCUGCCGGGACACAGGGCAGGAAGAGGCUCCUGAGAGAGGAGGACAUGACCAAGGUGGAGUUUGAGACCAGCGAGGAGGUGGACGUCACCCCCACCUUUGACACCAUGGGCCUGCGGGAGGACCUGCUCCGCGGCAUCUACGCUUACGGUUUCGAGAAGCCUUCAGCCAUCCAGCAGAGAGCCAUCAAACAGAUCAUCAAAGGCAGAGACGUCAUUGCUCAGUCCCAGUCCGGUACUGGAAAGACAGCCACCUUCUGUGUGUCUGUGCUGCAGUGUCUCGACAUCCAGGUGAGGGAGACCCAGGCGCUGAUCCUCGCUCCAACCAGAGAGCUGGCUGGACAGAUUCAGAAGGUGCUGCUGGCUUUGGGAGACUACAUGAACGUCCAGUGUCACGCCUGUAUCGGGGGCACCAACGUGGGCGAGGACAUCCGGAAGCUGGACUAUGGUCAGCACGUGGUGGCAGGAACACCUGGACGCGUGUUUGACAUGAUUCGUCGCAGGAGUCUGAGGACUAGAGCCAUCAAGAUGCUCGUCCUGGACGAGGCUGAUGAGAUGCUGAACAAAGGGUUUAAGGAGCAGAUCUAUGAUGUGUACCGGUACCUGCCUCCGGCCACACAGGUGGUUCUGAUCAGCGCCACGCUGCCUCAUGAGAUUCUGGAGAUGACCAACAAGUUCAUGACCGACCCGAUCCGCAUCCUGGUCAAACGUGAUGAGCUGACCCUGGAGGGGAUCAAACAGUUCUUUGUUGCUGUGGAGAGAGAGGAGUGGAAGUUUGACACUCUGUGUGAUCUGUACGACACUCUGACCAUCACACAGGCCGUCAUCUUCUGUAACACCAAGAGGAAGGUGGACUGGCUAACAGAGAAGAUGAGGGAGGCCAACUUCACAGUGUCCUCGAUGCACGGAGACAUGCCACAGAAAGAAAGGGAGUCCAUCAUGAAGGAGUUCAGAUCAGGAGCCAGUCGUGUUCUGAUCUCAACCGACGUCUGGGCUCGAGGUUUAGACGUUCCUCAAGUUUCUCUGAUCAUCAACUACGACCUGCCCAACAACAGAGAGCUGUACAUCCACAGGAUUGGUCGGUCCGGGCGUUAUGGUCGUAAGGGUGUGGCCAUCAACUUUGUGAAGAACGAUGACAUCAGGAUCCUGCGGGACAUCGAGCAGUACUACUCCACCCAGAUCGACGAGAUGCCCAUGAACGUGGCUGAUCUGAUCUGAACUGGAUGACAUCACGCUGGAGCCCCGCCCCUUUAUUUCCUUUUUUUUUAAAUAUAGUUUUAGACUUUUUCUUCAUCUGUUGACAUGAAAACAACCGUAACAUUUGUUUUUGUAAAUAAAGUUCUUUUGGUUCCACACAU